AUGUUAGACUUGCGUCUGAAAGACCCCAGCUUAGAGGUGCCUGGUAAUGCUGGACUCAAGGAUCAGGUUCUAGCUCUCAAAUGGGUCAAGCAAUAUAUUUCCCAUUUCAAUGGCGAUGUAAACAACAUAACGGUAUUUGGCGAGAGCGCCGGCGGCUGCUCCACCCACUAUAUGAUGUGCACAGAGCAGACGCGUGGACUCUUCCACAAGGCCAUACCCAUGUCGGGCACCCUGCACAAUUACUGGUCAAAUACGCCUCCCGCAGAUUUCGCCUAUCGGCUAGCUAAGGCGCAUGGCUAUGAGGGCGAAAACAUUGAUCGCCUGGUGUUGGAACAUUUGCGGGGCGUGGCGCCACAUCAGCUGGUUAAUCACAGCCUGCUCACCGCCGAGGAUCGACGCAAUGGCCUCAUCUAUGCUUUUGGGCCCACCGUGGAGCCGUACAUCAUGCCGGACUGCGUGGCGCCCAAGCGGCAGCUGGAAAUGGCACGCGAGGCGUGGAGCAAUGAGCUGCCCGUCAUGAUGGGCGGUGUCUCCUUCGAGGGCCUGUUCAUGUAUCCAGCUCUGAAAGCCAAUCUCAAGGGCUUGGAUACCUUGCCGCAGGAUCCGUUGCGUAUAAUUCCUUACGAAGUGCUUUUGCUCAAUACGAAACAGCAGAAUUUGGAGUUCAGCAACAAGCUGAUAAAAUUGUACUUUGGUGAUGCUAGACCCAGUUCAGAGCACAUCAUGAAUUUUUUGGACUACUAUUCCUAUAAGAUCUUUUGGCAUGGCUUCCAUCGCACUUUGCAAGCCCGUCUGGCCUAUGCCAAGGCGCCCACCUAUUACUAUCGCUUCGACUUUGAUUCGCCAGAUUUCAAUUUCUAUCGCAAGAAGUUUUGUGGCGAUGACAUUAAGAAGGGCGUUGCCCAUGCGGAUGAGCUGAGCUAUUUGUUCCGCAACUCGCAGUCCUGGAAACUGGACAAAGCAUCGGGAGAAUAUCGCACCAUACAGCGCCUGGUGGAAAUUUGGACAUCCUUUGCGGCCACCUCCAAUCCCAAUUGCGCCGAAACCGCGCAUCUGAACUGGCAGCCCGCGCAGCAGGAGCUGCCACAGCGUGUGCUCAACAUUGACAAUGAGGUGAAGAUCAUCGAUCAGCCCGAGCACGAGAAGCUGCUCGUCUGGGAUAGCCUAUAUAAAAAGGAGCAAUUAUUUUAG